AUGGAUUUAGAAACUAAAGACUUAGUUGUUUCAAAACGACAAGAUGAUGAAGUAAAGAUUUAUGUCUCAAGUUCACCAAAAUGUGGCACUACUUGGAUUAAGGCUUUAACUUUCUCAAUUGUGAACCGCAAUCAAUUUGCAAUGGAAGAAACUCCUUUGCGCGACGUAUGCCCUCACCAACUUGUUCCUUACUUUGAAAAUCCGAGGGAUACUUUCAUCUCUCAUUGGAUUUACGCUAACAAGCUUCGAGCAGAAAAUGUAGAGCCGCUGUCACUAGAUGAAGCUUUUGAGAAGUUCUGCCAGGGAAUCAAUGGGUUUGGACCAUUUUUUGAUCAUGUUUUAGGGUAUUGGAAUGCAAGCCAAGAAAAUCCCAACAAAAUAUUGUUUUUACAGUAUGAAGAUCUCAAGGAAGAUAUCGUUUCUCAUGUGAAAAGGUUGGCCAUGUUCUUGGGGUUUCCUUUCACAGAUGAGGAAGAAAAACAUGGAACAGUUGAAGAAAUAGUCAAAACCUGUAGCUUUGGAAACUUGAAAGAAUUGGAUGUGAACAAGAAUGGCAUUGGCCCUUUCGGAACUCCAAACAACUACUUAUUUAGGAAAGCAGAAGUGGGAGAUUGGAGCAAUUAUCUCACACCUGCAAUGGUAGAACGUUUUGAGAAGCUUACUCAAGAGAAUAUGGAUAAGUCAGGUUUAACUUUUAGACUUUCUUAA